AUUUCCGUUGGCGACUAGUGCUUUCCACCUCAACACUUACCUCAUCUCCCCCACUGUGUAUAUAUAUGCCAUUGGCCAUUCCGUUUUCGAACAUCUUCUGCUGAUUUUUUCAGAUUUCUCAUUACUCAUACGGGGUAGCUUAAUUCUUUCUACAUACGUAUUUCAUGGCAGCAAAUUCAUAUGAGACAGAGCACCCCGUGAAGGCUUUUGGAUGGGCAGCUAGGGACACCUCUGGACUUCUCUGUCCUUUCAACUUCUCCAGAAGGGCAACUGGGGAAAAGGAUGUGCAGUUCAAGGUCAUGUACUGUGGAAUAUGCCACUCUGAUCUACACAAGCUUAAGAAUGAAUGGGGUAACACUAAAUAUCCCAUUGUUCCCGGCCAUGAGAUUGUUGGUGUGGUGACUGAGGUUGGGAGCAAGGUGAUGAACUUUAAGGCUGGAGACACUGUGGGGGUAGGGUGUCUGGUUGGAUCCUGUCGCAAAUGUGAGAACUGUGAAAGUGACCUCGAAAAUUAUUGCAGGGGGGUUAUAUAUACUUAUAAUUCUCAAGGAACCCCCACCUACGGUGGUUACUCCGACAUCAUGGUCGCUGACGAGCAUUUUAUUCUCAAAUGGCCUGAAAAUUUGCCGAUGGAGGCUGCUCCUCUGCUCUGUGCUGGGAUCACAACUUAUAGCCCCAUGAAAUACUUCGGACUUGACAAGCCAGGAAUGCACAUUGGAGUUGUUGGUCUAGGUGGUCUUGGCCAUAUGGCUGUUAAGUAUGCCAAGGCUUUUGGAUCCACCGUGACUGUGAUUAGCACCUCUGCUAGUAAAAAGAAAGAGGCUAUUGACCAUCUUGGCGCGGACUCAUUUUUGAUCAGCCGUAACCCAGAAGAAAUGCAGGCAGCAGUAAACACAUUGGAUGGCAUAAUAGACACCGUUUCAGCGGUUCACCCUCUUUUGCCACUGCUCAGUUUAUUGAAAACCAACGGAAAGCUUGUAUUGGUUGGAGUCCCCGAAAAACCACUCGAACUUCCAGCUUUUCCCUUGCUCAUGGGUCGGAAGCUAGUGGCUGGAAGUAACAUUGGUGGAAUAAAGGAGACGCAAGAAAUGCUAGACUUUUCGGCGAAGUACAACGUAACACCAGAUGUGGAAGUUGUCCCAAUGGAUUAUGUCAACACUGCCUUAGAACGUCUCCUCAGAGCGGAUGUGAAAUACAGAUUUGUGCUUGAUGUUGGCAAAACAUUAAAAUCAGCUUGAAUAUUUAAGGAAUAAUGCUCAUUAGAUGACCUUCUUUGGAAAGAGAGUACUGUCGCUUUGAGAUUUCACAAAUCCUUUGUUGUGUCUUAUAUUUUUAUGUAAUGAGCAUUCAGCAUUUUGUGCUGUAUACUUGUAUUUAUGUCGUUUUUAUCCGGGCACAUGCUAUAUGACAUGGUUUAUACACUCCUCGUCAUUAGUCCAUUCAACCCAAAAUUUUCGUGUUGUUUCAUUUUGGGGAGUCUCGAGUUAGUUCAUCGCAAGACCCAGAAUUAACAAAAAAGAGAUGAACCACCGAUCCAAUCGAUUUUGAUAAAUAAAGUCACAUUUUGAGUUCUGG